AUGACAGACGUAGAUGAAAACCUGACCACCAGCGACCAUCCUCACCACAGCCUCCAUCACCGCCCGUCUGACUCGAUAUCCGCAUCCUCGACCGGGUCGUCCAUCGCUGAACCAAUAUCGGCCUCUAUCAGCACCAUCCCAUCGUCUCCCUCUCCGAGCGCUGAGUCUAGUAAACCUACGGGCCAGCCUAUUAUGAUAAUGCCAGAUACGAGGAUGACGCUACCACAGCACGUUGCAUCAGGGCAGCUAUAUUCCUCUAGGGAGGACCAGCCUCAGGUUCACCAAUACCACCAAAGACGAGACAUAUCACCACCAGAAACACUGAUAUUGCAGCCAAUGAACACAGGAUCUUACCAACAGCAGCAGAAGCACCAGCAAUACCACAAUCACCACCCAAACGAGCAUGAUCCCUUCCAGCCUUCCACCGCUUCGUUCUACAACGACCACCACGACAGUGGCAACAGCAACAGACCGCCCAGCAGGAAACGGGCAGCCUCGAUCAACACCGAUGACGCCAACAAUCAGCCCCGGAUCCAGGACCUGAGUCUGCACACGCCGGGAAGCGUGCAGACGUCGUCGUCGUUCGCGGGCGGUCCAACUGAACAGCAGAGGGAACUGAUCUGCCUCUGCACCAAGGCGCCUAAAGUGCCGAGGCCGAGGAACGCCUUCAUCCUCUACCGCCAGCAUCAUCAAGCCCAAGUCGCCGCCGAGCAUCCCGGCCUCGCCAAUCCGGACAUCAGCAAGCUCAUCGGCGAGCAGUGGCGUGAGCAGCCGGAGGACGUCAAGAGCUCCUGGAAACGGCUCGCCGAAGAGGAGAAGGCCCGCCACCAGCGCCAGUACCCGGACUACCGCUACCAGCCGCGGCGCGGCGGCAAGGCCGGCUCCGGCAAGCCCGCUACGAGCGGAGGCAAUCCGGGCGAGGACCCGGGCCGCUGCCAGAAGUGCGGCGGGAGGUACAUCGCGACCCCGAGGACGCCGUCGACGCCGUUCGGCGCCGCGGCGCCGCCUGGAUUCGCCAAAAGCCCCCCAAUGUCGGCCAUGGGCGGCAUGGCGCCGGGGUAUAUGGUGCCGAACCCGAACCCGAGGGUCAUCGAGACGGACCACCUGAGAAGAGGCUCGGGGGCCAGCAUGAUGUCGGUGGACAGCUAUGGCAGACGGUACACCCAGCCCUACCUCCGGGAUAUAGAAGAGGACUACGCCAUGAUGUCGCCUACGGCACCGCCAGCACACAAGCGACCGCGCUACAGUGGCCACAAUGGAAAUUUCAUGCCCGCCUCGCCACCGAUGGGCUACGUGCCGCAUCCAGCCGACCCGCGCUUCCAACAGCGUCCAUCCGUUAGUGGCCCGGCCGGUACCGCUGCUGGCUUCGGACCUGGGUUGCUACCUCGCCCUGGCAUGGUACACCAGCAGAAUGGCAUGCCUCGCCAAUCGAUUGCCAUCCCAGGCAUGCAGCCGCCACCGCGACCGAGUGUCUCCUUCCAGGGUACGGCGCAGACUCCCACUCGCGGCGGCCCUGGGUUCGAUGAAUCACUGCGCUUGCCGCCGCUCCAGACACAAAUGCCUACUUCGCCUACCAUGGCCUCUGAAGCCAGCGGCGUGACUGCCAGUACGACGAAGCCGGUUACAGGAACCAUGAGCCCUGCACCCAAUGGAAAUGCUGCGCAAAAACAGAAUCAGCAGCAGCAGCACCAUCACCACUAUGCAAACCAGAUGCCUUCCCAACGGUUACAGUUUCUUCUGAAGCUUGACAUGCUCCGAGCCAUCAGCCCGCCACUGAAGCCUCCCGGCCAAAGUGCGCCACCGCACGAGAUCAGGGGCCCUAUCAUUGCAGUAGAAGGGGAUUCGCCCGCGGAGCUCAAGGAGGUGACCGCUGUGGUCGAGAAGGCGCUGUCUGUCUCUGGCGAGUGUGCAGUCAGGAUAUGGGCCAAUAGCGAGUCGGAAAAAGAGCUGCUCAUUGGCAAUAAGCCCAAUGACGAUGCUGCAGAGAAGGCGCAGGAGGAGGGCGGUGAAAAGCAGAAUACAGCUGCCUUGCACCCGAUUGCCAAGUACAUGGCCCGUAUGCUGGAAUGGCAUCGCACAUCUGCAGAUCUGAUUCGGUAUAUUACGAACCAGCCCGAUCCCAAGCGCAAUGCCGCAGGCUCUCUCACAGACAGUCCCAACGCAAUGGAGGUUGACCGGCCCGCACCCACAGCCACGUUACCGCCAUCCAACACAACGGGUGCUCACCCCCCAUCGCUACCGGUGGCCGUCAUGUCAACAGGCUACUCCCUCACGGUGAGCGACCGGUGGGCGGCCGCCCUGCCGCUCAUCGACACGUACCGGGCCGAGGACCACUGGCGGUGGGUGGCGACGCUGUGGCGCGGGAUCGUCGGGGCGGACCUGACCAUCUACGUCAAGCGGUGCGGCGCCGAGGAGCUGCAGGCCGUGAGCUGCGUCGAGUUCGCGUCGCCGGGGGUGCUGAUCCUGCGCGUGCCCGAGAGCGCGGCCGAGGAGGCGGCGGCGGCGGAUGGCCCGAGCGAGGCGCGGACCGACGGGCAGGCCUCGGCCGUGGAUGAGAAGCUGGAGCGCAGGCUGGGCUUCGAAAUCAUGGAGUGGGUUAGGAAUGGGCCUUUUGGGCGGAGAUCUGUUUGA